AUGCCAUCCGGUUUGAGACCGGCAUCUCCCCCCGACAGGCUACCCCCCAAUGGGCCCCUGCGGCGUCUCCUGCCUGCGAAUAGCGCUGCUACCGUUGAAGCAGAUGCGUGUCGCGAGACAUCAAUACCCCGCCCUCUUCCAUCAUCUGCCAGUCCUAGCACCUCUCCUGGCGCAACUUCGUCCGUGGUUCCUGCUCGGAGGAAGAGAGGCCAGGCAACGACGGCAGCUUGCGGGGCCUGCCGGAAGCGCAAGUCCAAGUGCGACGGCGAGCGGCCCAUCUGCUCCAUCUGCCGUGACCGCAACACCGUUUGCGAGUUUGACACGAACAAGGCCGAGACGCACACCCAGGCGCUUAAGCGCAAGUACAACGAGCUGCAGAGCCAGAAGUCGGCUUUUGAGCAGGUGUACGAUCUGCUGCAGACGAGGCCUGACAAGGAAGCCGACGAGUUGUUUCGGCGCAUCCGCAGAGGCGCCGAUGCCGGUGCUAUCCUCCGCCAUGUCAACUACGGCGACAUGCUUGUCCAGCUUGCCUUGAUCCCAGAGGCCCGAUAUCGAUACGAGUUUCCUUAUCUCCCCGACAUGCCCCCUUUUCUGCGCCAAUUCGACAAUCCAUACUUGGACUCGGAAGUCUACGAGUGCGCGCUUCGUGGGUCCCCGGAACCCUCUCAUCAGCCAAGGCAACACGCACACCAACGACUCCUACCCGACACGCGGAACGGCGCCGAUUGGGCCUACGGCGCUGGGCAACGAGACCCGUACCUGAAGCCCUACCUAUCUGCAACCGUUGUUCACCCUUUGUUGGAUUCCGUAAAGCCGUCGAAAUGGACCGCCGUCAGCAAGGAUGACUGUUUGAUGAGGAAACUCCUCCACGACUACCUUCUGUUCGACUACGACUUCUUCACUUUCUUUCAGAAGGACUAUUUUCUGGAAGACAUGGCCAGUGAAACCCAUCGCUUCUGUUCCUCGCUCCUGGUUAACGCUGUGCUGUGCAUGGGAUGCUUCUGCCACCGCGGCCUCCAAGGGCGUGCUGAGUAUUGGAACCCCGGAUACAUUGGAUACCAGUUUCUCGCCGAAGGCAAGCGGCUAUUCGAAAUCGAGUCGGAACGCGAGCGGCCGUUCAGAAAUCCCGCUAAUCCAAGUUGGGAGCGCAGAGACAGGGAAUGGGAGCUGAGCAGGCUUACCACCAUACAAGCUGCGGCUCUCCUGACCCUGGCCUAUAACCUGAACGGUUCGGAUAAGAUAGGUUGGCGCUUUACACAGAGAGCUAUCGAGAUGGCCGACGAAAUCCAACUUCUAGGGCCGCCUCUCGAACACCAUGAUCGUGACACGCAGUGCGCAAGGGCAUACACGGCUUGGGGGUUAUUCUGCUGGCAAAGUCUCAGCAGCUAUCAUUACGCCAAGCCGCCACCGCUCAAAGAGUCCCCCAAAGUACCUCUCCCAGACCCCUCGAAUGAGCCCCAGUGGUAUGGCGAGCUGUGGUUGAAAUAUCCCUUGAGCCACACGCCCUUACCAACAUACCACGGGUUCCUGUUCAAGGCCAAAGCCGACUUUUGGACCAUCAUAAACGAGGUCUCAAUGCUCACCUUCUCACAUCACCGCUCACCCUCCAAGUUGUCUGUCAAUCAAACACUCCUCUUCUACAACAGGCUGACAGCCUGGCUACACAAUCUUCCGGAAGCCCUUACAGCCAAGAAGAUUGUGCUACCGCAGCAACUGAAGAUGCACAUGCACUACCAAAACGUGCUGAUCGACAUAAUGACGCCGAUCCUGGACUACACCUGCGGCAGCGCCUGUGCGCAGUUGAUCCAGACGCCGCGCGACAUUUACACCGAAGCUGUAAUCCACUUUGAGACGCUUCUGCGGCUUUACUAUCUGCGCCACGGGUUCGAGGCGACUGACACCUUCCUCCUCCACUUUCUCGCCUUCCUCAACCACAUGACCAUGAACGCGAUAGAAACGAGCACGGGCUCGUCGUAUCUUGAAGCCCGGCGGUCGACGCUUUUGCUCCUGACCAAGGGAAUGCACGACCAGAGCCGGGCGUGCUUCGUCGCGAGGGCGAUCCUGCGCCUGCAGGUAAGCGCGAUGCGGCCAGAAGACGUCUGCUUGGUCAAGCAGUUCCUCGAGAUCGAGGAAGCGGACCAGUUCAUGUCCGGCCCGCUGGAGCAGGCCGUCCUCACGGACUGGCCGGUGUACGAAGUCGGUCUCGAGGCGAGAGGCGAGCAGCGGAGGCGGGGCCGGACGCUGGCGAGUAGUCUGGCGUCUCUGUCGUUGGAGUCGAGCGAUUCGCGCGCUCCAACUCGCUCUCCCUCGUAG